GCGUUGUAUUGUGAAACUUGGAACAAGAACAUCGUCAAAUCAGACCAAAGUUGAUGAAUGAAAAUUUAAACUCAGCUUAACGACAUGAAAACAAAUCACCAAACAAACAAUUCACAAAACCAGUAUUUUCAUUAUCUCUCUCUUAAUUUCUAGAGAGAGAAAGACGAAAGUGUCACCGGAGAGGAAGAAAUGGGAUGGAUAAUCGGAAACAAAGAGGUAGAGAUAAUGAAUUUAGGAAGAGGCGGAGGCGGCAAAAUUAAGAGAAAUUAUCUUCAGAUAUGGCUAAUUGCAGUUUUAUUUUGGGUUUUGCUAAUGUUAGCCACGCCCAAAAUCCCGCUAUCUCAUAAUCAUCACCAUCUAUUUGCUGAUAUGCGUAAUCUAAUUGGAGUGCCUAAUACUUUGAAUGUUAUCACCAAUUUUCCGUUUCUUGUUGUGGGUGUUGUGGGUUUUGUUUUAUCUCUGCAAGGAUCGUUUUUAAAUAUACAUUUAAGAGGAGAAGUUUGGAGUUGGGCUGUGUUUUAUGGAGGAAUUAUAGGUGUUGCUUUUGGGUCUGCUUAUUAUCAUCUCAAGCCUGAUGAUGGUAGAGUCAUGUGGGAUAUUUUACCGACGAUGAUAGCAUAUUCUUCGCUUUUCUCUGGUUUUAUUGUAGAAAGAGUUGGGAGGCGAAUCGGAUUUUGUUGUCUUUUUGGACUUCUUUUUGUAAUUUUGAUCACCACAGCAUAUGCAAGAAUAUUUAAUGACCUUCGGUUGUGCAUGAUGUCCCAGCUGAUUCCCUGCAUAGCCAUACCGGGCAUGACAUUUUUGUACCCACCGAAAUAUACACACUCAACUUAUUGGCUUUGGGCAGCAGGUUUUUCCCUUCUAGCCAAGUUUGAAGGCGCUCUUGACAAAAAGAUAUACCGUGCAACUCAUUACUUUAUUAGUGGCCACUCCUUGGAGCACUUAUGCUCAGCAAUGGUUCCUGUUUUAUUGACUAUCAUGCUCAUGCAUAGAAAGAUAAACACUCAGAGAUUAGGUGACAUCAAAGAGCGUCUGUGAGGAGAGUAGAGAGACAGAAGGAAAUUCAAGUGACACCAUCCACCGUCAGCUGAAAAAGUCCGUGUAGGAGGAGCCGGGAGGUGGUACACGCUGCAAAUGAUCUGUCAUUGUAUCAUUCAUUAAAAGGCUUCCAAGCAACUAGAUGAGUCAUACUCCUCUUAUAAAUUUCUUACGUUCAAAAUCCUUGAUGAUUACAUUCAUUCUUUUGAAAGGCUGUGUGAACCAAAAAUGAAAUUUUACAGGAGUGCCAUUUAGAUUAUAGAUCUAUUUUCGUCAUUGACAACAAUCAAUAACAAUACAUGAGGUGUUGUUGUAGCUUAGUGAAUUGAAAUUUAGUUUUUUUCUUUUUUAACUAAUUGAAAUUUAAUAGAUUCUGUUUAUUUUGAUAA